GGAAGUUGGUUGGAUUGGGAAAGAAAAGAAAAGAAAAAAAAAAAAAAAUGGCGACUUGGAUAAUGUUACAUCCUCCGAAUUCAUCUUAUUUACGUCUCAUGCCAUCAUCACCAUCACCGUCGGCGGCUUCAUCCACGUCGCGUCGAAGUAACCGUUGUCUCUUUAAGCCAUUCCGAUGCGUUCCACUUCAGCAACAACAAGAUCCCCAGCUCGUCGAGCAGUCGCAGCAGGGUGAUUUCGAUGGAGCUGUGAUUCUGUGUGAGGAUUGUAACGGGAAAGGAUGGUUGCUCUGCGAUUUCUGUAAAGGUCAGAAAACAAAUGUGAAAUCUGAGAACAAUCGAAUCUAUCGACGAUGCCCAACCUGNNUACAGGUUGGAUUUGUGUUGUGUGGAAAGUGUAAAGUGUUCAAGUGUGUCACAUUUCCUAAUUCAGAAGACGGGGAUGAACUUAUGUUCUAAAAGCUUCCCUUGUGGUAUCUUCAAUGUAUACCCAUUUGAGUUUUCAGGUUCCUUUCUUUUUGCCAAUUGUUAUAUAUAUAUAUGUUGUCUUUACUCUGCCAAAUAUCAAAUAUAGCCAUAUGUAUAAGCACAGUGUAACCAUUAAGCAGACUAGUGAAUCUCAUUGGCUUCUUUACUGA